AUGUUUUCUACAACCAGCUUCGCAGAGCCUAAGCUCUCAGAGCUCGUGCCUACCCUCACCGGCGAAUCUAACUUCGCUUCGUGGUCAACCGCCCUCAAAUGCGCUCUCGACACUCGGGACCCUCGUCUUUUCGAGAUCCUCACCGGCCACGCGGCCCAGCCAGCUCCAGAGGACCCCUCUCUUCCCGAGUGGACUCGUUAUUCUCGUCAUCUUCUUUCAUACCUUCACGCCACAGUCGACGCUUCUCUUAAGCCUUACAUUAACACCGCUCCUAGCGCUUCCGCCGCGUACCAGAGUCUUUACAAAACCUUCGCCGUCCACACCUACAAUACCGGUUUCGACAAGUUCCAUAAGUGGGUCUCCCUCAAGUACGACAAUACAACUACUCCGCAACAAUUCGUUAUCAAGUGGCGUACCGCCUACGCCGAAUUCGCCGAGGCGUGCGGUCAUUCCCACAUUUCAAACACAGCUCAAUACUUCCUCUUUCUUACAGCCGUUAGCGUGAAUCUCGCUACCCAUCAGUGGCUUAAUAGCCUUCGUCCUUCUACCAACGACUCGUCCGAGCAUAUUCUUAUCAGUACAUUCUCCGACUUCGUUAUCUCCGAGAAUCGACGUCUCGCUAGUCAGCCUAGCUUCACUUCCGAUCCAGUCUUUUACGACGCAAACGCAAUUCACAACCAGGGUAACAAUAAGCCCACUUCCGCUAAACCAAAGCAUUUUUGCACUUUCCACCAGCGAAAGGCCGCUCACACUUCGGAGGAAUGCUUCCGCAAUCCAGCUAACGCUAACACCGCUAACGCCGCCAAGCUAGCCAACGCGGUCAACACUACCACUCCUACCCCUACUACAGCCAAUGCUAUCACUAGCAACCCCAUCGUACGCUUCAACAACCUCUUCACUGCGUAG